AUGGAUUCCCGCCACACUUCUCAGGAGCCUAUGGACUUCACUGCCACUGACUAUGCGAAUGUCGAAUUCUUCCCAGAUGACAACGGCAAAUUAAGCUUCGCGCAUUUGAUCAAGAAGACUCAAGAGGCCCUGACUCACCUGUCUCGUAUCCGACAGAAUGCCCAGAAUGCCGAAAUCGAUAGAUUCCAUCUACUCUGCUGUCUGGUCACUCAACUUGAGGGUAUUAGCCUGAAUCCUACCCUUGCGACCGACAAAGCUGCAGGCUCAGCUAGUCCAGAUGUGGAUGCGAUCCCACUCUCUGUUCAGCGUGUGAUGGAGAGUCUCAAUAUGACAUCUUUUGACUCGGAAUCCAUGCGUAAUGCUCUCCGAUAUCUCCUUCAACAGGCCCAGAGUGAUAUUCGAGAGGCAGCAGCGAAGAGAUCUGACAUCGAUUCUGCUGCACUGGCCAAGUUGUCCGAGAUAAUCUGGGAGUCGGUUGAAGAACAGCCCAAGGAGGAAACGCCCAAGGAGGAAACGCCCUUGAUUCAUCAGUAUGAGUCUGAAUGGUAA